AAAUCAUUGAAGCCCUAAUACUUUUCAAUAAUUUGUUGAGAAAUCAUUGAAGCCCUAAUACUUUUCAAUAAUUUGUUGAGAAAUCAUUGAAGUCCUAAUACUUUUCAAUAAUUUCUAAUAAAUACAGUAUAACGUAUCUUCAAGUAUCAUUCAUCGUUGCAAUACAUUUUCAGGCUGCGUUCGGGGAGACGCUAUUAGCGCUGAAAACGUCAGUCUAUCUUCGUCACUCACUGUAUGUACGUCGAACAAAGAUAGAAGACGCUUUUAGCGCUGAAAGCGCGCUCCCCGAACGCACCUUCAGUAGGCAGUUAGCAACAUAAUCCGUUCAAAUUUCCUAUUUCCUAGCUACUUUUAGUGGUGGUACCACUGCUUACACAAUUCGACGUGACGGCAAGAGAGAGAAACGAAUUUAGAGAAAGAAAGAACACCAAUUGAGCACACCAUGUAAUCCUUACACUAUGGUCGGGAGGUUGCGCGAAGUCCAUCGCAGAUCUUGGUGCAUUUGCGAAAGCUUUGAAAAUUUUAUUUAUAGUCGCUGAAUUCUAGAUCACAGCCUAGAGCGUCAACUUGAUCUGAUUUUAUUACGUCUUGCGGUCUUAUUCCCGCUGACAAUGAAUAUCUUGCCGAAGAAAAGAUGGCACGUACGAACGAAGGAGAACAUCGCUCGUGUACGGAGAGACGAGGCGAAAGCCGCGGAAGAAGAGAGGAUUAGAAAAGCGCGAGUUCAGAAAGCGGAAACAGAAGCGAGAGUAGAUUUGUUAAGACAACGGACGAGAGCCAAGUAUGACGGUCGGGAGACCGAGACAGAGACCGAGACCGAGAGUACGAGCAAGAGAUUACAGCACGUCAACUUCUUUGCGGAGCUCGAAGAUGGAAAAAUUGAUUACAACAGGCCUAAUGCGGAACACGAGAGGGAAAAGAAGGAAGAGAAAGAGAAAUACGAGAAGCAGAUUGGAUACCUGACGUAUCUUGGGCAAGAUACCAAUGAGGCAACCGGGAAGAAAAAUUGGUACGAGGAAUUGCCAAAGAGAUUAACGGAUACAGAGAGAGAUGUAGAGUUGGAGAUAAAAAAGAAAGCCUUGACCGAUCCAAUGGUUGAUAUAAACAAGUAUCUCAAGAUCAUGCGUUCUAAGUCUGCCGAGGAUCAUCUAAAGGUAAAAACGGAGGCCACUAAAAGAAAACGUCAUGAUUCCGAUAGUUCUCACUCCAAUCACGAAAGCGGUACGCACAAAAAGUGCAAGGAUAAAAAGCACAAGAAGAGGAAACAUAGCCAUUCAGAGAAGAGAGAAGUUAGGGACCAGACUGGUACGGAUACAGAAAGAUUGAGAGCGGAGAGGUUACUCAGGGAGCAAAGUGAAAAGCUAAGAACUGAAGCGCUGUUGGCCAAAGUGAGAGGUGAACCAGUGCCAGUUGUCGCACCGGAGACUCCCAAACCUGCUAUAAAACAGAAAUACAACUCGCAAUUCUUCCCUGAAAUUGCUAGACAAAAUGCAGAGAGAACGCCCAAACAUAGUACAGCAAGACGAAAUAGAAGUCCUUAAGAUACAUCUCUUCUAUAUAGUUUAUAGUGAAUUCGGUUGCUUGUACUAGUGCGUACUGAGUGUACAGUAAUAGCGAAUUCGGUUGCUUGCACUAGUGCACACUGAGUGCAUACUAAGGCUUGUUUAUAGUUUGUUUUUAUAGUGGCGAUCGUGGCGCAGAGGAUUGUGCGACUGGUCUGGUAAUCCAAAAACUCGGGUUCAAAACCGAACAAAACAUUGUUGGUCUUCGUUCGAUCGCCACAUAGCGAAGUGGAAAUAGAGGGGAAUCGAUAAAAUUUGUUAGUUCUUAUAUUUAACUGUGUCUUAAGUACAUGUACAAAGAGUAUUUAGUCAAAAAAAAUGAUCCGUGUAAACACUGUACGGACCAUUUUUCAGGAUAAGAAAUAUUACAAGAGGUAUUUAAGAUCUUUAAAUAUAAGAAUUGACUAGAAACAAGGCUUAUUAGUGUACACUCAGUGCGCACUAGUGGACUUGUUUCUAGUCGAUUCUUAAUUUAAAGAUCAUCUUAAAUACUUCUUACAAGAUUUCUUAUUGAGAAAAAUGAUGUGUACAACGUUUA